AUGGACGCCAGCGAGAUCAUCGUAGCCCUGCCCUCGCCGCGGCUGUACAAGAGCUUGACGCUCCGGAGGAUUGCGACGAGGGAAAGGAGCGCGCCGCUGGAUGAAGAGAUGACGAUCCGAAGCCCGAGGGAUCACGACGACGGCCUGACGGUUCCAUUUAUACCUGGAGACAAGAAAACAAGGAGCAAGGCUCCAGCAGUGGUGCUAGGAUUCGAGUGCUUGGAGAGCACAGCAUUCAACGGCAUCGCCACGAACCUGGUGGUGUACCUGGAGACGCUCCUGCACGGCAGCAAUCUCGCGAGCGCGUCCAAUGUCACGACGUGGUUCGGCACGAGCUACCUCACCCCGGUGUUCGGCGCCAUCGUCGCCGACACGUUCUGGGGCAACUACAACACCAUCCUCGUCUCCCUCGUCUUCUACCUCCUCGGCAUGAUGCUCGUCACCUUCUCGGCGUUCCUGCCGACCACCGCGCUGUGCGGAGUGGAGGGGUCGCCGUGCCAGCAGCCACUUCUUGGCGCGCAGACCGUCGCGUUCAUCGGGCUCUACCUCGUGGCGUUCGGGAGCGGCGGCGUGCGCGCGGCGCUGCUCCCGUUCGGCGCGGACCAGUUCGACGACGAGAGCACGGCGGACCGCGAGCGCAAGAUGUCGUUCUUCAGCUGGUUCUACCUCUGCGUCGACUUCGGCAUGAUCGUGUCGGGCCUCUUCAUCGUGUGGAUCCAGCAGAACGUGAGCUGGGGCCUCGGCUUCGGCAUCGCCACGGCCUGCAUCGCGCUCGCCUUCGGCGGCUUCGUGCUCGCCACGCCCAUGUACAAGCGCCGCAUGCCGACCGGCACGCCGCUCAAGAGCCUCGCCCAGGUUGUGGUCGCCGCGUGCCGGAAGGCCAGGCUCCGAGUCCCCGACGACACCACCCUUCUCUACGAAGUCCACGACAAGCUCAACCAGUCGAAGAUAGCGCACACCGACGAGUUCGGCUUUCUCGACAAGGCGGCGGUGGUCGUGGAGUCCGAGUUGGAGGAGGAAUCGAACGACGUCGCUGCGGACGCCGCGUGGAGGGUCUGCACGGUGACGCAGGUUGAGGAGCUCAAGAUCCUGCUGCGCCUGCUGCCGAUAUGGGCGACGAGCAUCGUGCUGUCGGCGGCGUACGCGCAGCUGAACACCACGUUCGUGCAGCAGGGCGCCGCCAUGAACAUGCAGAUCAUGUCGUUCAGCAUCCCGCCCGCGUCCAUGGUGUCCUUCGAGGUGCUCUGCGUGCUGGUGUGGGUUCUCAUCUACGGAUCGUUGGUCGUGCCUGUCCUCCAGAGCUUCUUCCCCGCCAACGGCGAGCCGUCGCAGCUGCAGCGGAUGGGCGCCGGCCGGCUGCUCAUGGCGUUCGCGAUGGCCGUCGCGGCGCUGGUGGAGAUGAUGCGCCUCGGCGCCGCGGGGCGCGGCGAGACCGUGAGCAUCGCGUGGCAGAUGCCGCAGUACUUCGCGCUGGCCGGCGCGGAGGUGUUCUGCUACAUCGCGCAGCUGGAGUUCUUCUACAGCGAGGCGCCGGAGUCCAUGAAGAGCAUGUGCACCUCCCUGGCGCUCCUCACCGUGGCGCUGGGCAGCUACAUGAGCUCCUUCAUCUACGCCGUCGUGAGCGCGUUCACCGCCGUCGACGGCCGGCCCGGGUGGAUAUCGGACGACCUCAACGAAGGCCACCUCGACUACUUCUUCUGGGUCAUGGCGGCGCUCUGCACGCUCAACUUCGCCGUGUACAGCGUCUUUGCGCGGACCUACAAAGUCAAGACGGUCGUGUCGUGAUCGUGAUCAUUCGUAGUAAACACUUGUAGCCAGCGUUACACGUGGUCGAUUUGCGUGUGUGUGGAAAAAGACAUGUUUUGAUGGGCUUACGGCCCAGCAAUUGAACUUGUACAGUAAAUGGGCUGUUUUGUGAGCCGUACGCUAUCCUCUUCGAUUGGCUGAUCCAAAGUAGCCUCCAAAUAAUGUCCACUGGCGUGGGGACCACAUGGCCCACGACGUUCAAAUGGGAAAGACAAGUCCGC